GUGGGUCGAAUACUGUACGCAUUCGCAGACCCCCCGGAAGAUUGUUUUCGUUCGCGUGUCCCCCUCCUCCCGGUGUUGGAUAAUAAACUCCCGGUUUUAAUCCUUUUCCUCCACCAAAAUGCUCUUAUCAAAGUGGAUUCCACCGGUCCGGUGUUUGCAUAAAGCGGUGCAAUCUGCACGAGGAGCGGCAGUUUUGAACGCCGAGACGAAAAAAUGCAUCCGCAAUCCGAACAAGUCCAGUCCACUAACUCACCUGCCGGAUUACACAUUCAUGGAUGGCCGCAUUACACCGUACGGGUCGAAUCAGAAAAAACGCAUCCUGCAGCAGCGUGAAAUUGCGAAGCAGAUAGUAACGCUCUCGAAGGAGAUGGAUUUCGCCGUUGAACGCCACAGUCGCCUCGAACAGGAAGCGCAGGAAGCGAAACAGAAACUGUUGCGCGAAAAGCUUAAACCCAAAGGUCAUUUAUUGUUGAAAAAGACCCAGUGAAGGGGUUUGAGGUAGCUUCAAUAAACGUAAGAGUUGAUAGUCGCUUA